UAGACAGCCACAAAAUCCCCAAAACCAAAUCUUCUCUUUCCGUUCUCUCAUCUCCGCCGUUGAUUAUCUAAACGGAUCAAUCUAACGAUAAAAACAGAGCUUUGAAACUUCACAAGUUUGAUCAUUUGCUUGAAACAGAGUAAAAGGUCCUCUGUUCCUUGCUCUGUUUUUUCAUCGAUGAGGAGGUUAAGAGGGAUCAAAAUCAGAAGACCGUUUAAACGAAUCACAAGAUGGAUCCUCCGGAAAACCCGACCCCGCCGUUCCAGAUACAUCCGGUUAAGCCCGAACCGGCCGGUUUGCAAACCAAAAGCCAUCCAAAAACUCAUAAGCUGGGGUCGGAGUCUCACAUCACACAGCGCCAGGUUUCUCGGGUGUAGGCGAUCAAACUCCGGAUACAUACCAAUUGGUCAGGACCCAGUUCAAAAUAAACCCGACCCAGUUCCCAAAGGUCACUCGGCGGUUUACGUCGGUAAAAAAGACGGCGACUUUCAGAGAGUUUUGGUGCCUAUCGUUUACUUUAACCAUCCUCUGUUCGGUGAGCUUCUGAGAGAAGCAGAGGAAGAGUUUGGGUUUUGUCAAGAAGGUGGUAUCACUAUCCCUUGUCCUUAUUCGGAUUUCAAACGUGUACAGACCCGAAUAGAAUCCGGGUCGGGUUUUGGCAAGCUUCCAUGGAGCCGGCGCCGGCAAUAACGACGACGGAAAAAAAACGGUAGACGAUGAUGAUGAUGAAAAAAGUUUAAACUCUUUUUUACUGCUUUUUAGCUUUUUACCCUUUUGUUUUGUUAGAUAUGCAUGUAUAUGUGAUAAUGUGAAAGUGACAUUUUUUUAGUAUUAAACUAAAGACGAUAGUCACCAUACUGUAAAUAAUUGAGAGAUUUUUCCUUUUCCGUAAUUGCAUGAGUGCUUUUGGUAGGACUAUGUGAUUAUGAAUUUAAGAUUAAGAUAGUGAUUAUAAAAGUGAAUGAUGAAAACGAUAAAACCAAAGAAAAA